AUGCCUAGUCUCACUAGGGCUGAUAAGUCCUCUGUCAAGAGACAUAUCCCCGAAAAUGUGCACCAUCACCACAAGAGAGCUGUCGCGCAGCUUUUGGUCGCCUACCCGGACCCUGGACAAUGGACCAAAACUGGCUUACAAGGAGUGAUUGUUCUCUGUGAAGAUGAAAAGAUUGGACAUUGCUUCUGGCUCAAGAUGGUGGAUAUAUCGCCCUCCGGCAAAGGUGGUGUGAUCUGGGACUUGGAACUCGAAGAGCAUUUUGAUUAUAUAAAAGAGAGAAGCUUUUUCCAUUCGUUUGUACACGACGGAGUUCUAUAUGGGCUAUUAUUCGCCGAUGAGAGCGAGGGCGAUGACUUCAUUCAAGGAAUCCAGAACCGCGAGAAGAAGGCGAACAAGAAGACCAAGGCGAACCCAUUCAAGGAUUUCAAAUCGUCCAACCCAUCAUCGACACCUGCCUAUUCGCUUCCGUCCCACUCAAUGCCUCUACAGCAACUCCCGAGCCAGUCGUUACCUACUCCAUCGCCUAGUGUAUCCGACGAGGAAUUUAUAUUCGACCCGAAGGAUCCAAAAUGGAAGUGGCUUGUGGAUUUGCUUUUCACAAUGGGAAUUACAGAAGACCAGAUCGCCGACAAUACGGACUUCAUCAAGGAAUACAUCAAGCAAAGCGGGGGCGCCGAGCAAGCCUCUCAACAAUCUGCCUCGAUUCCGGAUCAGCAGAAACCAAGAGUCGCUCCCCCUCCCCCUCCCCCGGUUGACGAUCAAUCUAAGCCGAGGGCAGCUCCUCCCCCACCUCCUCCUGCGGCACCGCCAGGUCCUAAGCUCAAUCCUCUUAGCCCUCAGGAUACCGGAAGCAGCUCUGGAAGCCGACGGGGUCCUCCACCACCACCUCCAGCUCGGAAGACCCGCAACGAUGCUGUGGAGGAACCACCUUCGUCGCCGUCUCCUCCGCGUGAGCCAUCACCACCGCCGCAACCGACACGGAGGUUCCAUGCGCCACCUCCAAUUGCAGAUGCAGGUAAGUUUGCUGUGCCGGAAGGUCCUGCAGAGCGCAGAAGACCGCGAGCAAUUUCGAACACCAAUGGCCCACCACCACCUCCGCGACCUCCAAAGACACCAAUGGAAGAUAGCCAGCCCCAGAGCCGAUUCGGAGUUCCUCCUCCAUUUGCAGGCGAUCGCAAGGUCUCAGCACCACCGGCACCUCCAAGUCGCAGCCCUGUUCCUGGUGGCCCACCGCCUCCUCCACCUCGCGCAGACGGUGCGCCUCAACUUCCUCCCAAAGUCCCGCACACUAUCAGUCCUCCUGGACCACCGCCUCCUCCCCCUUCAAGAGGACCUGUCUCUCCUCCACCGCCACCGGCUCCUCGACCUGUGCCUGCUCUAUCUACACCUGCGGCACCCCCGCCGCCUCCACCUCGAGGCCCAGCUUCUCCUCCACCCCUCCCACCUGGCCGGUCUGUACCUUCAAUACCGCCUCCACCUCCACCUACAAGCGGAGGACCCCCGCCUCCUCCAGCGCGCUCCACCCCUGUUCCUCCACCUCCCCCUCCACCUACCCUUGGCGCUCCUGGGCCUCCUCCACCGCCUCCUCCUCCUCCACCUGGACCAGGCUCUGCAGCGCCUGGUGCACCACCACCUCCCCCUCCACCUGGGCGUUCAGGGCCAGCUGUUCCUCCGCCACCCCCUCCACCCCCUGGAGGUGCUCCAGGAGGUCCUCCGCCUCCGCCUGCUCCAUCUGGUGGAGCGCCGCCGCCAUUGCCAAACGUUGGUGGAGGUGGCCGAGACGAUCUUCUGGCCUCUAUCCGAGCUUCCGGCGGAGGAGGUCUGCGGAAAGUCAAGGACUCAGACAAGAAGGACAGAAGUAGUGCGAAUGUACCUGGAGGUGCUGCCGAAUCAUCUGCGGGAGCCUCUAGCUCCGGUGCUCCACAGGGCGGCCUGGCUGGUGCCCUACAGGAUGCUUUGAAGAAACGGAAACAGAAAGUUAGCGGAAGCGGUGAGUACUCUUAUAUCAACCCUUGA